GCCGGGGGUGAGAGGCUCCCUGACCCGGUCGGUCGGUCGGUCUAUUUUCCGUCCGGGGCCGGAGGCCGCGGUGGCUGUAAACGAUGGGAACCCGGAGACUGUCAGUUCAACAUCAUUUGGAAAUCAUGUCUACAAAAAAGAUACUUGAAGACUGAAAAUAUGAAUGUUCUGCUUCAUAAAGUUCAGUAGGCAAAAGGAUAUUCAUUGCAGUGAUUACAAAGUGUAGUGCGGUAAAAUGCCCGUGUGCAACACACCUUGUAGGAAUCAAACCAUGGUAAUUGGUGCUCUACAUUCAUUGCAGAAGAAGUCAACCAAUUCUUUCACCAAAGAAAGUGCCAGAUCUGAUCAACAGGUCAAAUUGCCAGGGCCGGACAAUAAUGCACAAGGGCAAUCAACAUCAUCCAUGNAAAAAAGCAAUGAGAUUAGUACAAAUUGUGUGGUAUCGGCUUGUAUUAGAACUACAGAAACCAAGUUAGAUAGUAGGUUUACGCUCCGGAGAAGAAAAACUGGAGGUAAAAGAGUUCCCUAUUCUGACUAUGAGACUGAAGGAAGUAUUGAAUUAGGUGAAGGAAAGAGAAUGUUUAACCUUGAGCGGUAUAUGAAAGCAGGUAAUUCAGGGAGAGGAAGUAGCUCUUUGAAGGACACCAUACUAUGCAAAGAACAAAAUGAUACAUUGGAUAUUACUUCAGUGCAGGGAACAAGCAAACUUUUGCAAACCAAAUCCAUGGGUUCAGCAAGUCUUGCUUCUUUGAAGGAGUUUUCAAUGAAGCAAAAGGGAAUGGAUAUCAAAAGCAUUUUAAAAAAUAAAAUUCCUGCAAGUACAAAUCACACAUCGAUAGGCAAAGGGGAGGAAAAUCACACAAAAUCUUCCGUUUGGACUGGUGCAGAAGUUAGUUGCAAAUCAGAAAACUUAAAUAGACAAGCUGUUAAAAGAGGAGGUUUGGAUAGAAUCAAGACUUCAAUAUCUGAAGGAAUCAAAUCUGCAGCAGUCACACAAGGUCAUCAUCAAGAAAUCAAAGACUCAGCAAAUGUGUCUGUUAAAACCAUGGCAAGCUCUUUCCAGAUCAAGACAGUAAUGGAUUCCGGAAGUAAUACUUCAAGAUACUUGACAAAUACAAUAGUAGACAAUGGAGAUCGAAAGCCACCAAGAAGUGGUGGAGGAACUAUUGGGAAAGAAGAGAUGCCAACACAGAAAUCUUCUGCAGGGAAUGAGCUCUGGAAUGGAGAAGAUAGUGUGACGGUGGCUGUUCGGGUGAGGCCUUUCAGCAAUCGGGAAAAAAGGGAAAAUGCACGUCAAGUCAUUUUCAUGAGCGGGCAGGAGACGGUUGUACAACAUCCAGAAACCAAUCAAAUAUACGCCUUUGUUUAUGACUUUUCCUUUUGGUCAUUUGAUGAGCUUCAUCCGGAAUUUUCAAGCCAGGAAUCAGUGUACAAGAUUGUUGGAUCACCUCUACUGGAGAAGGCCUUUCAGGGAUAUAACGCGUGUUUAUUUGCAUAUGGACAGACUGGGUCUGGCAAGUCAUACACGAUGAUGGGGUUCGGUGAUGAAGGGAUUAUUCCAAGGUUUUGUCAACAGCUGUUUGCCAGUGUAGCCAAUCCUAAAAUGCAGCAGGUUACUUACCAUAUUGAAAUGAGCUAUUUUGAAGUCUACAAUGAGAGAAUUCAUGAUUUAUUGACUGCCACAAGUGGAAAAGCCCAAGUAAAACAGUCGCUUCGAAUCAGAGAACAUCCAGUAUAUGGACCUUAUGUCGCUGAUCUGUCAUCCUAUGUUGUGAGCUCUUAUUUCGAUAUUCAGGGUUGGCUAGAACUAGGCAACAAACAAAGGGCAACUGCAGCCACAGGCAUGAAUGAAAAGAGUUCCAGGUCUCACUCAGUCUUCACACUUGUCAUGACUCAGACCAAGACUGAAUUUGUAGAAGAAGAGGAGCAUGAGCACAGUGUCACGAGCAGAGUAAACCUGGUGGAUCUGGCAGGAAGUGAGCGUUGCUUUACAGCUCAGACCAGUGGCGAAAGGCUGAAGGAGGGUGUGAGCAUAAAUAAAUCUCUUUUCACUCUGGGAAAGGUCAUUUGUGCACUUUCUGAACAGUCACAGUCUAAGAAGAAGAUCUUCGUCCCUUACAGGGAAUCAGUGCUCACAUGGUUAUUGAAGGACAGUAUUGGUGGAAACUCAAAGACAGCUAUGAUAGCUACCGUCAGUCCAUCUGCUUCCAAUGUGGAAGAAACUCUUAGUACACUUAGGUAUGCUAAACGGGCUCGCCAGAUUAUCAAUAUUGCAAAAGUGAACGAAGACUCCAAUGCAAAACUGAUAAGAGAUCUAAAAGCAGAAAUUGAAAACCUGAGAGCUGCCCAGAUGAGUAGCCAAGGAAUUCAAUCUGAGAAGUAUAAAGUGAGCCAGAAAGAAAUAGGAGCUUUAAAGCUAAAACUCAGUCAACAGGAGAGAGAAAUGGCAGAAGUACAAAGGAGGUGGAGAGAAAAGUUAGACCAAGCAGAAAAGAGAAAACUUGAGGAAGCAAGAGAGUUGCAAAAAGCAGGAAUCACUUUUAAAGUGGACAACAGUUUGCCAAACCUAGUUAAUCUCAAUGAAGAUCCCCAAAUUUCAGAGAUGCUCUUGUAUAUGAUCAAGGAAGGUCGGACAAGAGUGGGGAAACAUAAGCCAAACUCCACACAUGAUAUCCAGCUGUCUGGAGCACUCAUUGCUGAUGAUCAUUGUAUCAUACAAAACUUAAAUAGUACAGUAAUGAUUGCGCCAAUAGGAGAUGCAAAGACCUAUGUGAAUGGAAACUUAAUUACAGACUCCACAGUGCUACAUCAUGGGGACAGAGUGAUUCUAGGUGGCGACCAUUACUUUAAGUUUAAUCAUCCUGUAGAGGUGCAGAGUGGACGACGAGCUUCUUGUGCGAAUGCACUGUUGAGAGAUGGUCCAAAGGACUUUGAAUUUGCAAAAAAUGAACUUUUGCAAGCUCAACAGGCAAGACUUGAAGCUGAAAUUGAAGAGGCACGGUUACAAGCCAAACGAGAAAUGAUGCAGGGUAUCCAAGUUGCAAAGGAGAUGGCUCAGAAGGAAUUAUCUAGUCAAAAAUCACUGUAUGAAAAUAAGAUUAAAGAUUUGGAAAAGGAAUUGGAAAAGGAAGCCUGUAAGAAAAAACUGCAGGAGCUUAAUACUAAAAAAGCAGUUUCCAAGAUGGAGGAGCUGCAGGAUGCAAAGAGGCAACUUGAACAAAAAGUGGAACUGAAUAGGAAACGUCUGCAGAUGGAGACUUUAGCCGCAAAACAGGCUCUGAAGGAUCAUAAUAUACAUCAUGCUAAAUUUCUUGCUGCACUGGAAGCAGAAAAGAGAAAAAUGACAGAAGAUUUACNAAAAAUACAGAAAGAGCGAAACAAAAGGCUACAGACUAAGAGCUGUGUCACUUAUAAAAAUAGUUCAGAUUGGAGCUCCAUGAAACUUUCAAUGAUGAUCCAGGAGGCUAACACCAUAAGCAAAAAUCUAAGGAAAUGCACGGUCUUCAGUAGACAUGAAGAGUCUGAUAAGGAAAAUAUAAGCACCCCUCAAACUCCAAUUCAGGUGCAGGUUCGGAACACUAAGCUGGGCAUAAGCACUUACUGGAGCUUGGAGAAAUUUGAGUGGAAAGUGACAGCUAUGAGAGAACUUUACCAGGGAAGUGCAUUUUCCAAGGAUGAAGAUCUUUUUUAUGAUCCCAAUGAUGAUUGGGAAGCUGACGUGACAUCUUGCUCUUUGUCUAGAAGAUUGAGCAAAAGUUUUUUCAGGAGCAAACGGAUGUCCGGGUGUUUAUCAGAAAUCCGAAAUACUCCUCUUCAGAAUCUGCAGUCUGCACAUCCUACAGAUCUGUUGAACAUUUCACGGAGCAUAUGCUCAGCGGGUGCCCAGUCCUCGUUGCCCGCUGUGUGUAAGGAACUUCUAGGUGCAGCCGUUGACUACCUUGGAAGGAAUCAUUUAUCACAGGAAACCAUUCCUGAUCGGCUCCUUGCUGACCUACUGACCAUUCAGACUAGUACAUGUGCAAUUGCCAAUGCAUAUGAACAGCUGGAUGAUGAAAGUCAAGAAAAUUUGUUCACCAAUAAUACAGAGAUGCAGUCUCACUGUAUCAAAAUUACAACAAAUCUUGAAAGAGUAGCAAUUCUAAUGAAGUUGUGGGUCGAUAAGGCGCUCCCACAAGGCACUUGUUCUGAAAUCACUGAUGAUGAGCUACUUGGUGAAGUGAAGACAUUGGGUAGAAACCUACAGCUACUAUUAAAGGGCUGUGAUUCAGACAUUUCUUCUAUGGUAACGGAGGCUCAGAACAGAAUAAGCCAGACAAUCCGAAGAGUUAUGAAACAUGUAGGUCAUCUGGCAACUUUCACAGGCGUGGCGUUGCAUUUUGAAGAACAGAACUUAGAAGAUUCUCUCAGUUAUAAGCAGACUGCAGCAGCCUCUCUUUAUGAGGGAGGAAAAGCUGGAAUGAAGAGUCUCCUGGAUAAUGGCCUGAAAAGAGCAAAACAAGAGCAGAAACUGCUGCAAAGAACAACAGCAAAGAUGGAGUGUUUUGAAGAACUAAAGAAGAACAACAUGGUUCUGAUGGUGUCUGUUCAAAACUACCUCACAGAAUACAAUAAGAUGCUGGGAACCCUAACACAAGAGUCUGCAGAUUCAACAAUCAACUUGAGCAAAGCCUCUGCUGUUGCUGCCGAAUUGAUCAAGUUUAAUGGAAAUGUCCAACAGAUCAACCAGCUGGUGGUGUCAGUACUGAGAGGUGAACAUGUAGCUGACCAGCAACUGAUGAAGUGCAUAGAAAUGAUUUGUUCCUCAGCUAAGUAUGUGACGGAUAACUUUUGUGCACUUUGUCCUUUCUCUGAUGAGGUAAACAUGUCCUCAGCCAGAGAAAACAAACUGGACAUGAAAGGACUUCAGCUGGUGGCCAAUGCACUGGAAUCAGCGGCCACCUCACUCCUUGACGUAAUCCACCACCUUCAGAGUGAGAAAGGGAGAUCCUCCACUCGUGCUGAGAGUUUUGAAAAGAAAAAGCAGGAAAACAUAAAGACAACCAGGGCAAUUGUUGGCCACGGUACCUGCCGUGAUAGAGGUGUUAAGAAAACUGUCUACACACUCCAGGGACCAAUGUCAGAAGAUUCUUCACCAAGAGGUGUUCAGUGGGUUUGACAGAUGACCUACACAUAUUGUACAUGCAAUAAAAUUGAGUAAAGCUUCAAAUGUAAUUUGUGUGUAGCAAAGCUAUUGUAAAUAAUAUUUGUUUUAUUGCAUUUAAACUCUGCAGAACCUAGGUUUACAAUUCACCCGAUUACAGUAGAUUUCUUUACCUCAGCAAGCUUGACAAAUGAAACUUGUCUAACUCCCCCUCUCACCAACACCCAUUUUAACUUAUGUUGUGUAAAAUUGCUUAUUCUCUUGUACAUGGCUUAAUAGUGAGAAUGUUUGAACCUACCUAGAGACAUGAUUAUGUAUGACACAACUCUCCAGUCCAACCCAUUGAUGCAGUAAUAUGCAAUACAAUGUGCUUGUUCCCUUUUUGGGGAGAAGUGUUUUCUAAUCAUGGUCUCGUCUACUCUGAUACCAAUUUGCUUCAAAUAGUACAGAGUUUGCAUUGGGUUUCAUUGCUGUAUAUGUCUCACCAGAGAAUAACUCUUAACUUUAGGUGCAAAACACAAUUUCUUGAACUAUGCAUACUAUAGAUUAAAUUGCCUAGCAUUAAGAAUUUGCUGUAGCUUCUUCAAAAAGGUCAGUGAUUUUACACAGUAGAGUAGCAAUAAGAGUACGGUUCUUGAUGUUUUAACCUAUGAAGCAUAAAGGAAAGAAUUCCAGUCACUGGUACAUAGAAACUUUCCUCACACGCAUUGCACCAUCUGAUCAACUGCAGUGGAAAAGUAUUGUGGAGAGGAGGAAAGUAGGAACUCUAGUUGUCAGCAUAUUAGGCUUUUGCUUCUAAACCUGGCUCACAUCAAGCAUAGAAUGAAAGCCCAAGGCUUUUCUGGUCACUCACACUCUUUCUCUUACGCACACUCCCCACACAAGUCUCUCGCCUCCCUAUGCCAUCUGCAAAGGCUUUGUAAAAUAGCCAAUAUCAACCCACAAUUGUCCAUAAUUGGGCACAAUCUUUUCAGUGAAGCCAUAAGAAUGGUUGUAUGGGAUUCUCAUAUGGUUACCAAAACAAUGUAAUGGUUAGCACUGAGUUAAAGGGAAAUGAUUUGCCUUUGUCAGGUCUUGCUAUAAUUAAAAUCAAAGGGAUAAUUUGUAAAUACUGAACACCAAAUGGAAUGCCUUGCUGCAAUUUAUUUAUAGCAGGACAGAUUUUUGUUUUAAUUUUGAUCCAAAAAGUGCCCCAUAAUCAUGUGUAUAUGAGCAUAAAGAAGAUUUAAUGUUUUUAAGUAAAAGUUGACUUGGUACUUUAACAUGUGGAUACACAGCCAUAAGCUUUCAUAACUUUACCAAUUAUUUCAAAAUGACUUGUUGCAUGCUUCCAACAUAGUGAUAAACCAGAAUAAAGUUGUAUAU